UUUCUGGUCGUGUAUCCUGUGUCCUUUUGAGGAAGUUCCCCAGAGUCGCACAGAGCCAGCCUGCGCGGGGGCACCUUGGGGAGGGACCACAGGAAGCUGCGAAGCUGAGAAUGGCUGAGACGCCUGGGACCGGGACCGCCUUCGGAGGCAGGAGAGCCCUUCCCCCCAACACCUCCAAUGCGGCAGAGAAUGACCCCCCCACCGUGGAGCUGCAGGGGGGCCUCAUGCCCCGGGGAUUCAACCCUCAAGACUACCUGAAUGUGACGGAUGUUCACCUGUUCAAGGAGCGAUGGGACAGCAACAAGGUGGACCACCACACUGACAAAUACGACAGCAAGAAGCUGAUUGUACGCCGAGGACAGCCCUUCCACAUCCAGAUCGACUUCAGCCGUCCCUAUGACCCCAGAAGGGACCUCUUCCGGGUGGAAUAUGUCAUUGGUCGCUACCCCCAGGAGAACAAAGGAACCUACAUCCCAGUGCCCAUCGUCUCCGAGCUGCAGAGUGGCAAGUGGGGGGCCAAGGUCACCACGACGGAGGACAGGUCGGUGCGGCUGUCCGUCCAGUCCUCGCCAGACUGCAUCGUGGGCAAGUUCCGCAUGUACGUUGCCGUCUGGACCCCGUACGGCGUGAUCCGCACCAGCCGGAACCCGGAAACAGACACGUACAUCCUCUUCAACCCUUGGUGUGAAGAGGAUGCUGUGUACCUGGAUAACGACAGAGAAAGAGAAGAGUAUGUCCUGAAUGACAUUGGGGUGAUUUUUUAUGGUGAAUUCAACGACAUCAAGAGCAGAAGCUGGAGCUAUGGUCAGUUUGAGGAGGGCAUCCUUGACGCUUGCCUGUACGUGAUGGACAGGGCAAAGAUGGACCUUUCCGGCAGAGGGAAUCCCAUCAAAGUCAGCCGUGUCGGGUCUGCUAUGGUUAAUGCCAAAGAUGACGAAGGUGUCCUCGUUGGGUCCUGGGACAAUGCGUAUUCGUACGGGGUCCCGCCAUCAGCCUGGACGGGAAGUGUUGACAUCCUGUUGGAAUACAAGAGUUCUCAGACUCCAGUCCGCUAUGGUCAGUGCUGGGUUUUUGCUGGAGUCUUUAACACAUUCUUGAGAUGCCUUGGGAUACCAGCGAGAGUCGUUACCAAUUAUUUCUCAGCCCAUGACAACAAUGCCAAUUUGCAGCUGGACAUCUUCCUGGAAGAAGAUGGGAACGUGAACUCCAAGCUCACCAAGGAUUCGGUGUGGAACUACCACUGCUGGAAUGAAGCCUGGAUGACGAGGCCCGAUCUCCCGGUGGGGUUCGGAGGUUGGCAAGUCGUGGACAGCACCCCCCAGGAAAACAGCGACGGCAUGUACCGCUGUGGCCCGGCCUCCGUUCAAGCCAUCAAGCACGGUCACAUCUGCUUCCAGUUUGAUGCGCCUUUCGUUUUCGCAGAGGUCAACAGUGAUGUCAUUUACAUUACCGCCAAGAAAGAUGGCACGCACGUGGUUAAAACCCUGGAUACCACCCACAUUGGGAAAUUAAUUGUGACCAAACAAGUUGGAGCAGAUGGCAUGAAGGAUAUCACAGACACCUACAAAUUCCAAGAAGGUCAAGAAGAAGAGCGGCUGGCCCUCGAAACUGCCCUGAUGUAUGGGGCUAAAAAGCCCCUCAGCACAGAGGGCAUCCCCAGAUCUCGGUCCGACAUCCACAUGGACUUCGAGGUGGAGAGCGCCGUGCUGGGGAGAGACUUCAAGGUCAUCCUCACCUUCCGAAACAACAGCCCCACCCGCUACAGCGUCACGGCCUAUCUCUCAGGCAACAUCACCUUCUACACCGGCGUCUCCAAGGGGGAGUUCAAGAACGAGACGUUCAACGUCACGCUGGAGCCCCUGUCCUUCAAGACCGAGGCGGUGUGGGUCCGAGCGGGCGAGUACAUGGGCCAGCUGCUGGAGCAGGCCUUCCUGCACUUCUUCGUCACCGCCCGUGUCAACGAGACCAACGAUGUCCUGGCCAAGCAGAAGUCCGUCGUGCUGACCAUCCCCAAGAUCAGCCUGAAGGUCCGUGGCACUCAGGCAGUGGGUUCUGACAUGGUGGUGACAGUUGAGUUCACCAACCCCUUAAACGAACCCCUGCAGAAUGUCUGGAUGCGCUUGGAUGGUCCUGGAGUGACAAGGCCACUGAGGAAGAUAUUCCGGGAGAUCCGGCCCAACGCCACCGUGCAGUGGGAAGAGGUGUGUCGGCCUUGGGUCUCCGGGCCUCGGAAGCUGAUGGCCAGCAUGACCAGUGACUCCCUGAGACACGUGUACGGCGAGCUAAACCUGCAGAUCCAGAGACGACCUUCCGUGUAGACGCCCACGCGGCUGAGAGGGACCCGGGCCUUGGCCUCCCGGAGUCUUGGCUCAGCAUGUCCUAAUGCACCAAUAGUCAGUCAGCUCUUGCUUUAACUUAGCCGGGAAGACCCAGACGGGACUGGGUGGGGCCGCAGAGGGGCGAUGCUGCGUUUCCAAGCUGCACGUUUCAGCACGGCUCUUCAGGGGGGACGUUAGUGUUGAAUCUCGCCACCUUCCAGAGGGUUCUGAGCAUUAGCUUUAAUUAGGCUCUAAUGAGGCUCUCCUAGCUCAUAAGAGCAAAAGCCAUCAUUUAUCAUCUCAAAUGGAUGCAGCGCCACGUGGCAGAGAACUUCGCUUAGCAGGGGGAUCUGCUCAGUACCUGGCCUCGUGAAAAACAGCCCUGCUCAUCCCCCACUCUGCCUUUUUUGGGGGGAUGGGUAACAUGCUCCCCCAGCUUGGGGGGGAAAGCACACGAUUUGGACCCCAGGAUUCUAGUCCCCUUUGUGGGAAUCAGGUUUUAGUGUCUGCAUCAGAAUUUUUUCCCAGGAAUUGAGGGCAGCAUCGUUUUUCUUCUUGGCACAGCCAGGAAAGGCCUUUCAUCUUGCACCUGCAGCGAAGCGGCGGUCUGCCAAAUUUCCAGAUUUUCCUUCUGAGAGGAUGCGGCCCCAUAUUAACAAAUUGCAUUUGUGGGGAGCUUGAUCACCUAAGAGGAGAUAAGACAGCAGGUGCAAUCCUCGGAUCUAUUAAAUAAUGUACUUUUAUGGUGCAUUUUAUCGGAGGCGUCACACUGUGGCCAGAUCCGCAGGAACCAAUAUCCCUAACUUUAACCCUUUGGGGGCUGUCGUUCUAGAAAGUCAUGAGGCUGACUUGGGACAGUAGGCAUGAGGAAUUAGUCUCUUUAAUUAGUGAUUAGCCUUCCUCUGUCUCUCUGGGAUCUUCUCCUUUGCACAAUGACAAGGGUCCAGCUACAGAUUUAGAGACAGAAUAAACCCGACACGCUGGAGAUGCUGGCAGCUGCAGCGAGCAGGCGCGGGGAAGGACGGGCAGCCACUGAUUCGGAUUCUCUUGUCCUUGACACCACGCGUGUUGACCCCUCGGCUCGACACACAGGUACUAAAAGGUAACACGGACCCCACCCCGCAAGCAGCCAGGGCUUCUGCACACCUGUUGGCCGAGGACGCUGACAUCACUUGCAUUAGGGUCCCAGGUUCCAAGAGACAAGGCCAUCGGUACUUAUUUACAGGGCCAAUUUAUUGUUAAAAUUACCCAUUGAUAUGCCUAGAGUGUGAUUUGGGUCAGUAGAUGGUGAUUCUUUGCAAAAGAAAAGAAAGAUGAGCAGUGAGAAGGAAGCCACGGGGGAAACAGGAAUGGGAUCCUCUGGUCCCUGCAACCACGUUUCUAGGCCGUCGACCCCGUUCCUGGACCUUCAGCACCAAGAAUCCAUGAGGGUCAGCUGGUCCCCUCUGUAGGCACAUCCUAGCUAACUCUGUUAAGUAGUCUCCCAGCAUUUGCUAAGCCUUCCAAUACUCAACUUUAAAAUGAAAUGCGUCUUGCUGGACUGUUAACCUGGCUUCAUAUCAUAUCUUCUGAUUAACUAGAGUGUAAUCAACGCUUAAAAUAAAAGCUCAUAGUUGCACCUGCA